AUGGACUUCACACAUUCAGGUCGUCAAAGUGAUAUUUGUGUUUGGCAUGUUAUCAUGUUAUUCCAUGAGGUGGAACAUAUUGAACAUAAACAAGUUUAUUUAAAAGCAUUAUUUACUCUAAUCUUGAAAGAAAAUGAUCAACUGAAAAUAACUAGUUCAAUGGAUGAUAGACAAGGGCACAUGGGUAGUAGAGUUGGCAACGAACAACAUUCUCUCCAGAAACCAACAUCAUGGCAUGCUGGGGCAGUAUACAUCCUUGUAUUCUUCAUGUGUUUCGGCCAGUCAUGUCAAACAAUCACUGCUGAUCCAAAUGAAGUUAAAUCCCAUACAUGGAAAGAAGCAUUUCAAUUCCUUGGAUUCAAUUGGACGUUAACCAGAGAAAUCGGAGGGCCAUAUCUGAACGCUACCCCACAUAGGGAGAAUCCUGAUCAGAUUGCCUUGUCCAAGGACGUACAGCUAAACUUGCCUGGCAGCAAUUUCAACUCCUUCAUACGCCUCUAUAUUCCUACUGAAAUCCCAAGAGAAACCAAGCUUCCGGUUAUUAUCUACAUACACGGAGGUGGUUUUGUGCAGUACCGCGCUUCAUCUGCAAUCUAUCAUUACCAUCUCAACAACAUGACUGCCAGGGUUCGAGCUGUGAUAGCCUCAGUUGAAUACCGGCUGGCACCUGAAAACCCUCUCCCGGCAUCUUAUGAAGAUGCCUUGCAUGCUAUUCUUUGGUUGAAGUCCCAGGCACAAUGUUGUCAUCACCGCGAUCCAUGGUUAGAUCAGUAUGCUGAUUUUUCAAAGGUUUUCUUAUUAGGUGAAAGCGCAGGUGGCAACAUAGCUUACCACGCAGUCCUUCGUGCAACAACGCAUAAUCUUCAACCAAUGACAAUCCAAGGCGUGAUAUUGGAUCAGGCAUUUUUUGGUGGAGUCAAAAGGACUUCAUCAGAGCUCAGACUUAUAGAAGAUACUUACCUACCUUUGUACGUAAAUGAUGCCUAUUGGACAUUGUCAUUGCCAUUCCAAGCAAAUCGAGAUCACAAAUUCUCCAAUCCGUUUAUUCAUGGGUUCGAUAGAGUCAAACGUGUGCCAAGAUGGUUUGUUAAAGAUGAUGAAGGAGACCCAUUGAUUGAUCGGUCAAAGGAGUUUGUACGCUUGUUAGAGUUAUAUGAAGUGCCAGUGUUUUAUCGAUUUUAUCCAGGAGGUUAUCAUGGUGUAGAGUUGCUAGAUUUCGAAGCUGCUCUUGUCUUUUUUCAUGAUGUGAAAACUUUCAUCUAUUACACUGGAGUUGCUGAAGAUUAA